UUCAGCAGCCCGUAUUUAACCACUGAUUUAUAGCACGAACUCCACCCAGAGUCUGUAUUUUAGCACGUCGUCUACACGAUGCCAUGCGGAGGUAAGGUGAUGGAAGAGGCCAGCGGGAGGGUUUCAGAGCUGAUUCCAGUGGUGCUAUUUCCGCGGUUGCCAGGCUUUGUCCCAUUCUCUGUUCAGUAACAGCGCCCAUUCUCAUCCCGAAUCACCAUGAAGCCAGUCCACGAGCGCAACCAGGAGUGCCUCCCUCCCAAGAAGCGGGACCUCCCUGUUAACAACAACAACAACAACACCUCUACCUACAACAAUAACAGCAGUAGCAUCAGCGGCGGAGCGGGAGGCAGCGGCAGCAUUGGGAGUGCAGGAGGAGGAGGUGAGGAUGCCCCAUCUUCACAAAGCUCUGGAGCGAGCGGAGAAGGUAGUGGCGAAUGGGUGCGAGCCCAGCCGAGCGUGCAUUAUGGGAUGGAUGGUGGCGAGGGUCUCGUUGGGCUUCCUGUGGAUCAGUUUAGCAUGCUUUAUAAAGUAGCUCUGCCCGCUGGCACCUACUCGCCCACCAGUCUGCACCCCGUUCUUAGCCACAUUUCUCCUGCCUACACCGUACCCUCCCAGGUGUUACAGCACACGAGCGUUCCUUACCCUCCGCUCUGCUACGCCCAGAUCCCUCACUCCUCGUUGCAGUUUGUUAGCUCUCCGUACGCGGCUGCGGUUCCCUACGCCGUGCCUCCGGGAUUCGUUCCCAGCCCUUUGAUACCACCUCAGUCCGCUAUUUCCCAGCCGCACUCAGUUUCCCACCUGGUUACGUAUCCGUCAGUCAUUCAGGAAGGAGUUGCCUCUCCGCAGCAGCAGGUCUCGACCCACGCAUACACCAAAAUGGGAGUUCCUCUGGUGCUCCCUUCUGAUCAAACGGUGACACAAGCGCCGCUUGGGACUGUAGGGAUGCUGCCUGCUGGGGAGCUCAGCCCGAGAGCCGUGUACUACCACCCUGCCGUCAGGGGCGUCCAACUGCAAAGAGACCUGCACAGCAGCUCCAUGGAGCAGGAGAGGGAGGUGAAUGGAGGGGACCGAGAACACGGAGGCAGGGAGAGCCAUCAAGAUGCAGUUUAUUCGGCCAGAAGUGUACGGCUGCUGCAGGCAUCUGCACCCGAGCCCCAGCAAGACAAGAGCUUAAAAAACCGCAGGCCGGAGGGCAGAAUGUCGCCAGGACAGAGGAGCACACCAGACACUGAUCUUGAGGUACAGCAGGUGGUUGGACGACUUGCCUCUCCUGUCCACGGCACGAGUCGCAAGGAAGCAGCACAUGUCCCUCUCAACCUGUCUCAAAGCUUUCAGAGGGGUCGAGAGACUCAGGGCGAAGUCAGAACACCUUAUGCAUCAAAUCCUGCUGAAUCUAGAGCACAGCAGCAGCAGUUCCUUCAACAAGGACAUGCCGUUAUCUUGGCCAAUGGGCAGCAUGUUCUAGUGCCCCUGGACUACCAUCACCACCAACAGCAGCAGCAGCAGCAUUUCCAAUCCAACGAUGUGGCUCCUGCUACGUAUACAAAAGCCAUGGAUGCAGCAGCCUGUCUCCCAGAGCGUGCAGUGGCGGAGCUGCUUCCCCAACAGGGGCAGCAACCCUCCCAGCAUCUUCCAGCUCCUGGUACUUUCCCACAGGCUCCUUUGCUAGCACCCUCCGGCCCGUCGCACUUCAUGAAGGGCGCCAUCAUACAGUUGGCUACCGGAGAGCUCAAGCGUGUAGAAGAUCUGCAGACUCAGGACUUUGUGCGGAGUGCAGAAGUAAGCGGGGGGCUGAAGAUCGACUCGAGCAUGGUGGUGGACAUCCGCGCUAGUCAACAGCGGCUCGGUCUAGUGGCGCUGCAUUUCAAUGUAGGGGAGCAGCAGAGCAAAGUGACUAUAGAUGUUCCCCCCGAACACCCCUUUUUCGUUUUUGGACAGGGCUGGUCGUCCUGUAGCCCUGAGCGGACUGCCCAACUGUAUGGUCUCACCUGCCACCAUCUGCAAGUGGGCGACGUCUGUGUGUCCGUGACACUGCAGCAGCAAGCUGCGUCGCAGCAGAAGCCGCCGCAACAAGUGCAGGCCCGGACUCCCACCAAAGUCAACUCCAUGUCAGGAGCCCCACCUCAACCCAUGGGCCCCCCUCCGCCCCAACACACCCCUCGGCCACAAAGCCAAUUAAAAAUUGAGCGCAUCCACAGAGAGAGGGACCGGGACAAGGAAGAGCCCAUGCAGGUCGGGGGUUUGCGACACAUCGAUGUACCCCCAAGACCGAACAGGACUUCAGCAGAGCACACUCGGAGCCAGAGCAACUACUAUUUGCACACUGAGGGUCAUGCUCCACCAGGAGCCGCAGCGGGAGCUUCUUCUGUAGGGGCGUCCCAGAGGCGCUGGUCUGCCCCUGGCUUCCAAAGAUACAGCAUCAAGAAUGAGGAGGGAAGUUUAGCAUCAGCUGCCACCUUUGGCUCCUCUCGGCCAUCGUUUAUCCCUCAAGAGGUCAAGCUAUCCAUUGAGGGGCGCUCAAACGCCGGGAAGUAG